CUCAGUGGGAUUGAGAUCUGUGCUCUUCGCUGGCCAUGGCAGAACACUGACAUUCCUGUCUUGCAGGAAAUCACGUACAGAAUGAGUAGUAUGGCUGGUGGCAUUGUCAUGCUGGAGGGUCAUGUCAGGAUGAGCCUGCAGGAAGGGUAUCACAUGAGGGAGGAGGAUGUCUUCCCUGUAAUGCACAGUGAGUUGAGAUUGCCUGCAAUGACAACAAGCUCAGUCCGAUGAUGCUGUGACACACCGCCCCAGACCAUGACAGACCCUCCAUCUCCAAAUCGAUCCCGCUCCAGAGUACAGGCCUCAGUGUAAUGCUCAUUCCUUCGACAAUAAAUGUGAGUCCGACCAUCACCCCUGGUGAGACAAAACCAUGACUCGUCAGUGAAGAGCACUUUUUGCAAGUCCUGACUCGUCCAGCGAAGGUGGGUUUGUGCCCAUAGGUGACAUUGUUGCCGGUGAUGUCUGGUAAGGACCUGCCUUGCAACAGGCCUACAAGCCCUUAGUCCAGCCUCUCUCAGCCUACUGCGGACAGUCUGAGCACUGAUGGAGGGAUUGUGCGUUCCUGGUGUAACUCGGGCAGUUGUUGUUGCCAUCUUGUACCUGUCCCACAGGUGUGAUAUUCGGAUGUACGGAUCCUGUGCAGGUGUUGUUACAUGUGGUCUGCUAUUGCGAGGAUGAUCAGCUGUCCUUCUUGUCUCCCUGUAGUGCUGUCUUAGGCAUCUCACAGUACGGACAUUGCAAUUUAUUGCCCUGGCCACAUCUGCACUCCUCAUGCCUCCAUGCAGCAUGCCUAAGGCAUGUUCACGCAGAUGAGCAGGGACCCUGGGCAUCUUUCUUUUGGUGUUUUUAGUGUCAGUAGAAAGGUCUCUUUAGUGUCCUAAGUUAUUAUAACUGUAACCUUAAUUGCCUACCGUCUGUAAGCUGUUAGUGUCUUAACGACCAUUCCACAGGUGCAUGUUCAUUAAUUGUUUAUGGUUCAUUGAACAACCAUGGAAAACAUUGUUUAAACCCUAUAAAAUAAAGAUCUGUAAAGUUAUUUGGAUUUAAAAAAAAUUAUCUUUAAAAUACAGUGUCCUGAAAAGGGGACGUUUCUGAGUUUAGUAUGAUAUCUGUAUUUCAAUCGGGUAAAUUCUCUGAGGCCAUCAGACGACAUCUGGCACUUCAGCUCUGCCUCAGCACUUUUAAUAUUCCCUUCCAACUCCACGAGUUCUCAUGCUUUGGAUUUUUUAGUGAAUGAGGCAUACUGUAUGAUCCAGCCCCUAAGAAUCGCUUUAAGUGCCUCCCAAGCCAAGCCCACAGAGGACACUGAGGACCAGUUGGUCUCCAUAUAAACACUGAUUUCAGUCUUUAACAUUUUUUGGAAUUCAGGAUUUUGCAAAAGGGAUAUAUUAUAGCACCAACUAUAUGAUUUCCUUUUCUCCAUAUGUGGCAACACCACUAAACUCACUAGGGCGUGAUCUGAGACUAAAUGUUUCCAAUUGAGCAAUCAACAACAGAUGAUAUGAGGGACUUAGAUACAAAAAAAAAUCUAUUCUAGAUAUAUUUUAUGGACUGAUGAAAAAAAUGUAUAGUCCCUACCAGAUGGUUUCAAAAGUCUCCAAACAUCUGUAAGACCAAGAUAUUUACACAUCCUGUGAAGCGUCAAUGUUGCUGGUGGGGGCUUACACACAUUUGCUUCACUAUGAUCAAGGACUGAGUCCAUCAAAAGAUUAAAGUCUCCUGCCAAUAUUAUAUCAUGAGGGGUGCCUACGACAUGCAACAUCCCUUCAAGAUCUAUAAAAAAAGCCCUGAUCAAUUACAUUAGGCAUGUAAAUAUUAGCCAAAAUAAGACUUUGCCCCUGAAUUUCUGCUAAAACCAUAAUGACUCUUCUUAGUUUAUCUUUACACUGUUUGAGACAUUUGAAUUGUAGAUGCUUACUUAUCAGUGUAAUGACUCCCCUGCUCUUACUUUAGCCAGAACUAAAGAAAGCAUGUCCACCCCAUAUCUUCCCAAAUUUUUCAGCUUCCUGCGGGGAAAGAUGCAUUUCUUGAAGAAACACUAUAUUAUAUUUCUUACGUUUAAGAGGAGAAAUAACCUUCCUUCUUUUUAUAGGGUGCCCCAACCCAUUCACAUUCCAUGUGGAGAGAGACAAACUCUCAUAUAUACUUUUGACAUAUUAGAAAAAUAGAUUGUGUCAAAAAUAAAAUUAUAAAGACCACAUUCCAACAUUAGUGCAACAAUCAAACCUCAAACUUACCCCCGAACCAAACAAACAGAAAAAAAGAAAAAUGUGUGCAUUAACCCCGCACAUGACAGCGCCAACUGGUGUCCAUCCCCUGCGACAACUUUGCCGUCGGAUUGCUCAAGUCUGGUGUUUCUACAAAAAUGUUGUGAGACAGAAUUACACAACAGAAGAUAAUCUAUAAAGAAAACUCUAGCCAGUAGGUGGAAUAAACACAAAGAACAUGUAGAUUAAUUCACAUAACUGUCCCAAAGGUGUGUUCCUCCACAAAACAAACUGCAGCCACUAGCGGAAUGAGCACAAAAAAAACAAGGCCGUUCAGUUUCCUCGGACAGUCAAAUCAAUGUCCAGUGAGCCAGCCCAUUCGGCUGUUACGUGAGUGCAACAAAUGACCUAAUCACUCCAAUGUCUUGCAAGAAAUACUCCACAAAACAAACUCCAACCAAUAGGAGGCAUAAGCACAAAGAAUGUGCAGAUUCAUCCACAACACUGUCCCGAAGGAGUGUUACCACACAAAACAAACUCCAGCCGCUAGGCAGAACCAGUACAAAAAGAAACAAAAAAAGGCACUCAGUUUCCUCAGACAUUCAAGUGAAUGUUCAGUGAGUUGGUCCACUUGGCUGCAACGUAAGUACCACAAAAUAACUUACUCAGUCCAUUGACUUUAUGAAGCACAUCACUUGUUGGGGAUAUGUAAAUAUUUUAUGGCCAGUCUUUAGUAUCUAUUCUAAAUUUGGCUGGGAACAUCAGUGCAAAAGCAACCUUCCGUUGACGUAGGAGUUUCUUGCAUUCCUUGAAAUGAUCACGUUUCUCUCUUGUCGAAUUCGCAAAGUCUGGGAACAAGAAAAUACUGUGGUUCUUCCAAGAAAGCCUUCCUUUACUCCUCGCCUCGUGUAACAUGAGAUCUUUAUUGGAUGAUAUCAGAAAUUUGGCCAGAAUUGAUCGAGGCCUGUCUCCCUCAGCAAAUUGCCGAGCCGGAACCCUUUGAGCUCGCUCAAUUUCCAGCUUAUGGCCUGUUAUGUCGAGCAGACUCGGGAGGAGUCCAUCCAGGAAAUUCACCAAUUCCUUCUUUGGCCUCAGGAAUUCCAACAAUCUGGAUGUUAUUCCGCUGUCUACGAUUUUCCAUAUCCUCCACCUUUUCCCAGACGCGCUCCAAAUCCACCUUGGUUGCUAGCGUAUUAGCAGCUAAUUCUCUCUCCGAUGACUCCAGAUAAUCGAUCCGUUUCUCGACAUACCCCACUCUUGCAACCACCUCAGAGAAUAUCGUCUCCAUGGCAGUGAUCGAUCGACGUAUUACAGCAAGAUCCUCCAAGUCAGCAAUGACCUUCAUCAGCAUUGCCGACAAAUUCAACGAUUCUUGCCGAAUUACCCUCACUUCUCCAGCCAAAUCGACUCCCUGGUCCACGGCCUUGUCAGGGGCAUCAGCUUGAGCACGUAAGUGUUUUUUAAUGUCUCUAGAGCCCGAAGAUAUUGAAUUCUUUGACAUGUUGUCUUCCUAGAACAGUUAAGGAUCAGGGUGUAUCGAAUCUCACCGGUUUAUGACAUAAAAAGUAUUAAAACUAGCAAAGUGUGCAGAGCUCGCCGUUCACACGUCCGAACCUCACAUGGCGUCAUAUGACUCCCCCCAAUUUAAAACAGCAUUAAUCAAAAUACAUAGUCAAUGUUCACCAGAUAUUUUUGCGUUCCAUAUAUUACAGUAGACUUAAAGGAUUGGUGACUCUGUCCUCCCUAGUCAGUAACAUUGAUUUAGACUGUGGUUAAUUUUUACUCCAGUGCAUAUUUCUUAGAGUAGGUUUAUUUUGCUUUAUUAAGUUAAUUUCUGUAUAACCAUAUACUUUGAAGUCUUGGCUACAAAAAAGUUAAUGAGCAUUUCCACUGUUAUUACCCUGAACUUACAUUUAUGAAAAAUAUGAUGGGAUUGAAAUGAAAGUUUGAAAGAAAUAAAAAUAACUAAAAUUUUAAGAGGGUGUUUGAACCAACCUACAAAACCACUGCUAGAGUGAGCACACAUUUGUGUAAUUUGAUGUUUUACUCAAAAUCUCAUUAGUGAGAUACAGCCUUUGGCUUGCGACAACUACCCCCAGUCUCCACUCAGUGGAGGUACUUUAUUAGACACACCUGUACACCUACUUAUUCAUGCGAUUAUCUAAUUAGCCAAUCAUGUGGCAACAGUGCAAUGCAUAAAAUCAUGCAGAUAUGGGUCAGGAGCUUCAGUUAAUGUUCACAUCAACCAUCAGAAUGGGAAAAAACUGUAACUGCUGAUCUUUUUGGAUUUUCAUGCACAACAGUCUCUAGAGUUUACUCAGAAUGGUGCCAAAAACAUCCAGUGAAUGCUCAACAGACACAAACGCUGUAUUGAUGAGAGAGGUCAGUGGGAAGGGCCAGACUGGUUCGAGCUGACAAAAAGGCUACGAUAACUCAGAUUACCACUCUGUACAAUUGUAGUGAGCAGAAUAGCAUCUCAGAAUGCACAGCAUUCACCUUGAGGUGGAUGGGCUACAACAGUAAAAAGACCCUGUCGGGCACUUUAUUAGGACCAUAAUAUUCCUAAUAAAGUGCUCAGUGAGUGUAUAUAGAUAUAUAUAUAUAAUAAAUUAUAACCGGGGAACUUUGUCACACAGGGAAGUUGCCACAAGCCAAAGGAUAUCUGAUGAUACAGUACGUAACUAAUAAGGUUCAUCAACAUUUCAUUUACUUAAGACACUAUUCUCUCAGUUUUCAUAUGUAUGGAUUUUUGAUUAAAAAAAAAAGUACUCCUGCUUAAGCUUCAAAAACGAGCAAUCCAAGCUAAAUUUUCGAUAGUUUUAUGUAAUAGUAAACUUAUAUUUUGGAGGGAAAAUAGACGGACGGGUCUCUCUCAGCAGCUGGCGGCGUAUUUGCUGGUCUUAUUUUUCCACAUACUGCCCUCUAUAGUACACUGAGAAAAUUACAUAGCAAUGAAAAUGUCUACAGAACCUGGCUGCAAGAUAUAUACCGUUUUUUCGGAUUUGAAAUAAGUUAUUUUGGUUAAAGCAUGCUACUUUGCAAAUGGUACUGAUCCAAGGGCAAACUCAAGAACUAAAACAUUGGUAACACUACUUAGAAUUUGCAUUGGAAUUGCAUCUUCUGUUAUCCUUAAGAAUGCUUGGACUUCAAGAAACAAGGUCUGAUGGGACUCCUCCCACCAAAACAUAUAGCUGUGUGGCAUGUUCAGCUAAUUUUCAUGGUUUGGCAUCACUCUUAGUGCACCAAGCAUCUCAUGCAAAUGAAAUGUCUCGCCAGCCAGAAUCAACACUACCGACUUGUGUCAGCUGCGGAAGCUUAUUUUCAGGUAAAGAUCUCCUUGAUAAACACCACUGCAUGGUGUUGCCCACUCCAACCUCUCCAGAGUUGUAUAUAUGUGACUGUGGUGAUGUGUUUAAUGAUUUCACUGAUCUUGAGGACCACAAAAAGUUACAUGAACAAGAAGCACAGGUCAGCUCAAAUUUGGAUAGGACUCCUGCUGAGCUGAGCACUGAAUGCUUUGAAGAAGUCAAGCCAGAGGGCAAAACAGACUCCAGCCACCCUAUCUCAAGCCAAGUUUUCCCCAGUCUUUCACCAUCCCAUUUCAAUGAAGAACCCUUUAUACAAAGUGCAUCUCCUCUUUCUAAACCUGAUAUCAAGGAGAUUGUAUCCACUACAGACAUCUCUCUCUCUUUGGAAAGUAACAUUUUAAAUGAGCAAGACCAAAAUUUGCCUUUUGAAUCGCCUUCAUCCCACUCUGUGAUUGAAGAGCAGGAGCAGUUCCUUGAGAAGGACAGUGAUACAUUAAAAUCCCCUAGCAUGUUAAACCAUUCUGUGGAAGAUAGUCCGAAAUCAGCAGAGGAACAUAAAGAAUCAACUUCAUUUAAUAGGAAAUCAAUCCUAAAGAUGCUAGCAUCUGCCUACAUGAGUCACAAACAACCAGUGAAACCGGAGCAAAGCAAGAGGAACUUGCCCCCCAGAAAAGUUGCACCAAGGGCACCAAUGCAAGCUGCACCAACCAUAACAGUGUCAAAGCCUGAGCUACUACAGAAUUCAUCUAAAACAAAAGAUUAUGAAAAGGUGUUAUGUUCCUCAGGCACUGUGGUAAAUGUGAACACUGGAAAAAUGUUGUCAAAGAAGGGGAAGAUUAUAUCUGUGACACAAACUCUCUGCCCUGUGGUGGUGCUUGAGACUCGUCAAAAGCUUUUUAGCAGGGACAAACUGGAAGGCAGACACCAGUGUAGACUCUGCCGGAAGGUUUUCCAAGACCUAGACAGCUUGAUAAUGCAUCAUGCCCUCCAUAAGAAAGAGAGAGUUAAAUUUUGUCUUCAUUGCAAACAAUUUGUGAUAACUGUCAUCUCUGUUCCAAAUAAUCACAUCUGCUCUGGCACAUUUGUUGGAAACAGUCAAUGUUCUCCUUUUGUGGGAAAGAUGUCUUUGACAUUGAACAGCCCUCCAACAGAACCACCAAAAAAACUGUUCUACUGUUCUUUAUGUAGGCGUAGCUAUACACGGAUGCGCAGCCUCAAAAAGCAUAACUGUCCAUGUAAAGCUACUCUGAAAAGCUCUGCCACUGUAGGCAACCAAUGUAAUGUUGAACUCCUUGGCUUUAAAGAGCAAUGCAAUAGAGGGGUGCAAGAGCCAAAAAUAAAGAAAAUGUUAACACAGCAUAUAAAUGUUGGAGUAGGCACAGAGCCCAUUAAGUUUGAGGAGCAGAACACAGAAUUUCCUAUUUGGAGGAAAAUUCCAAUAGCUUUGAAGAUGCAGUCUUCGUCUCUCAAGACAGAGGGUCAGUUAAAUUCACCAGAACCCUCUAAGUACAUCUUUGUUGGUGUUUCCAAUUCCACAACAACUGAAUCAACAAAAAUUGAAAAUUCUGUUGAAAUGAAAGCAGACGGAAAAAAUACAUUUGUAGAAAAGCAGUGGACUAUGCCGUUGGAUGAUACUGAAAUUGAUGUGCUAACAGAGGUGGAUAACGAGGAAGAUGAAGAUAAUUGGGCAGACAAAGCUAAAGAAGAUUGUGAUGAAUAUGAGGAUAUUGUCAUUGUAGAACCUCCUGAGGACAAGGAAAUAAGGUCAGUGUUGGCUAGUAGUGGAUUUCAGGUGCAUAUGACAGAUAAAGGUGUGAGGCGGUUUGUUUGCAUUGGAUGCCAGAGAAGCUACUCCCGUUGUUUCACUCUAAAGCAGCACUUGAAGAUUUGUGGGGCAAGAAAGUUUAAACAGCAAAAUUAUUUCAAGAAUACACCAUCUAGUGUUCCUGAGCCUAUCAAAAGUUUUCCAUGUCCUCAGUGUGGGAAGUUCUUCAGCCGCAAAGACAAUAUGAAUUCUCACCAAAAAAAAUGCCAAGUAACAAACACUACUUCACCUGUAGGUACAAGAAUUGUGGAGAAUAAAACACAAGCAGCUAAGGACAACUUAUUUAUCCUGUCACCAUCCACAGAAAGCCAUAUAGUCAGACAGGAGAGGGGUGUUAAUAAUAGUGGCAGAAACUGGGGGAUUAUGUCACUGCCAUCUGUGCUCCCGAGAAAAGUGACUUGUGAAUGUGGAGCCUCUUUCACUUGUCCUAGACUUCUCUUUGAACAUCUGCAAGUUCAUGCACAGGAAUCCUAUAUUUGUCCACACUGUGGUGAGAACUUGCAGUCGUGGAUGGAUUUUGAGGCACAUCAGCAAUUGCACUGGCAGUCUCAAAGCCAAUCAAGUGUGCCAAAAGGGUCAUUGCAGCACCCUGAUUCCUUUUCCCAAGUGGCACAGUCACAUGCUCCAUCUCGACCAGCACAGUCACAUGCUCCAACUCGGCCGGCACAGUCAACUGCUCCAACUCUGUCAGCGGAAUCACCUGCUCUAACUUGGCUGCAACAAUCUCCAUGUUUUCGGGCAUCGGGGUUUAACGUAAAAGGACAACCACCUGCACUCCUGACACAACAGCAUUUGAACCAGAGACCAUUUCCAGAGACAUUGGUUUGCCCGAGAUGCAAAAAAACCUUCAGAUUCCGCAGUUCCUUGUUAAGACACCUAAGGUUGAAUUGCAGAGGUGAUACUGCAGGCCAGAGGAAACACGCCUGCUCUCAUUGUGGUGUGACAUUCCAAGAUCCUUUGACCCUUAAAGUUCACAUUCAAAGCAAUACCUGUAAACCCUCUAUUAAACCUAUUCGUUGUCCAGUGUGUGUGCGUUGGUUCAGUAGUCUAGAUGGAUUGAAGAGACACCUAAUCUCACACAGCAGGCAGCAAGGUUUGACAUGUCAGAUUUGUGACCAUAAUUGUCCAAGUCCUCAGGCACUUGAGGAACAUAAAAGAAGCGUUCAUAGAAUAAACAGAAUUACAGCAGUAAAGGACAAACAGGAACCAUUGUGUGAAGCAGGUGCACAAAGCAGCUCAUCCGCAGCUUUUCAAUGUCACAUUUGCCUUCGCAAUUAUCCAAAACUUCAGUCGCUGAAGGAUCAUGUAAGGAAGGUUCAUCGCCCAAAAGAGACAAAACAAACUAAUUUGAAAACUGUAGACCCAGUCCGUCCCGGGCAAUUUCAGUGUCAGAUCUGCUCACGCACCUAUCCUAACAUAAGAUCCUUGAAAAACCACAGAAGAAGAGUGCAUCGUAUUUUAGGUGGUGUGUUUCAGUCAUCAAGGGGAACUGAGCAAAAUUGCACACCCAGUCAGUUCCAGUGUCAGAUGUGUGCACGCAGCUAUCCAGAUAUGAUGUCCCUAAAAAACCACAGAAGGAGGGUCCAUCGUAUCCUUGGAGGUCUUGAGCUCAACACAAGCCAACACAAUCAAUACAAGUGUCAAAUUUGCCAACGCAGCUAUCCUGAUGUAGUGUCUUUGAAAAAUCACAGGAGAAGGGUUCAUCGCAUAUUAGGGCCAGUGCCUGAAACAACAUCAACGGUUGACACAAACGAUGCUCUGCAGCAGAAAUUGUCCAAUGCCUUCCUAUAAAUACACAGAGCUGUUUUUGUGCUUUAAGUGAUUGUAAAAGGUGGAUCUACUACUUGCCUUUACUUUAUUGCUGUAUAUGUAUAUCAAAAAUCACUUUUAGGGAGUAAAAUUUAUAAAAAUGUACAUUAUUUUGAACAUACUGUAUAAGGACAGCAUCUCUGCAUACAUAACGUUUCUAAAGAGUAGUAAAGAUAAUAUUCAAAAGGUUUAACCUUUUCCUUUUUUAUUCAGUAGUUAAACUCUUUUGGAGGUUAUAGCUUGUUAUUAUUAUAAUAUUAUUCAGCUUCUUUCCUCUGUAUUUCAUAAUGUUGCCUUAAUUUAAUCCAUCUGUUGUUUUUUCUCCACAUACCUUUGAAGACUCCAAAUGGAUAUUCUUCAUGAAGACAUUGUAUAAACUGUAAAAUAGUACUUUACAUAACUGUUUUUUUUAGGUAGCUACUGUGUAUUGUUAGUGUAUGGUAAUAAAACAUUUUGAUGUAAACAUGUUCUAUAUUGCAUCAAUAAAAACUAUAGUGACAUCUAAGUCUUCAAUAACUAAGCCAUUGUGAUCUUGCACACUAAAAUAUAUAUUUUUAAGAUUAAAAUUUCAACACAUAGCAACAGUAAAUCUUGUUGGAUACAUCUAAAUGAUAAAGAAAGAUUUGGUGAACAGAUACAAAUAAACUUGUAAAACUGAUGGAUGCAAUCCUUAAACAUAUUUUAAACAUGACCACAUUGUGACCUUUGUAUAAUAAUAACAGCUGACUGAAGUAAUAAAAAUAAAUGAAUUUGCUUAGACUU